CGUGUUUCGAAUGUAACACAUUAUUUCACAUUCUCAAAAAGUGCAGAAUGGCGAUUAUUAGAUAGUACAAAUCUAUAAUUUAGAUCCUAUUAUAUAACACGUUUUUCGUUCUAGUCGUCUGUUUUCUGUAGUUCCAAAAAUUUGUUAGUGGUUGUAUUUGCAAUAUGCUUCGUUAUCUCAUUAAGGUAGCUUCAAAUCGGGGGUUGUUAGCGCAUUCCAAAACUCUCACCACUUGGUUAUCACCUUCAUUAUCAUCAUCAGGUCGCGCAACCACUUUUGCUAGUGGCCCGUUUUCCGCCUCAAACAUUGAAAGGACCUUGAAGGAGUUAAAUGAAGAAUCGCUGCGUAAAAAGCUUGUCGGCGAUUAUGAAGCGGAUGGCACCGCCCGUCAAAGCUCUGUUCUCAUUCCGUUAUGCCGACAUGAAGUUCUUGGUACCAUGCCGCGAUUCAAGGUGCCCCGAGACAAUAUCGAAAUUACGGCGGUGAUUGCAGACAUCGGAGAUAUUGACUCUCAUGAGCUGAAGAUUAACCACAAUGAGGUGAGUUUGGUGUUCAGCCGAACGGUUGAGGAGCUAACAAGCGCCGAAAAUACGGGGGUAACUGUAUUCAGAGAAGUGCAAAAGCAAGUACUAUACGCCACGCCUGUAUUCCUUGCAGGUCCCUACAAAAUCUGGGGCGUCACAGCCAUGUUAUUACAUAUUUUCCUUGCAUGCUUGGUGCCCGACUUCUAUAAGCGACCCAUUCGUCCAGUCGUUUUUAGGAAAAAAUACCAACCGAAGGACCCUACCAGCGAGAGCAACUAAAGAAAUUUUUUUUGUAGGUAGCUGAGUAUCUACGAGACACAUUACGAGAUUACCUUUGAUCGAUUGAACGUGCAUUUUUCUGUUAAUUGUUCAAAACGUUUCACAGUUAAGCAGUGCAUAACGAUAUUAAGCGUGAGUACAGAGUCAGUAUAAAUAGAUGACUGUGUUUCUGGUUGCCUUUUGGAUCUUGAUUCACUACGGUGUCUUGAUUUGGUCAACGUGAAUUUCCAUAGAUAGCAGGGUCUCUCAAUCGUUUGCUGGGUCAUAACCUUCUUAUUGUCUUUUUCUUUUUUAUCUUAGGCUGUAAUUAAGUGAAUAUAAUGAACGGACGAAAGUUCACUUUCAAGCCUAAGAAAUUUAUUUCAAAAUUCUCUAGGAAGUAGAGGUACAAAGAGAAUAACGCAGGGAACUUCAGAUAAGUCCAUCUGUGCCACUUACAAUUAGUCGGAUGAACGAUAAAUUUUAGACGAAUGGAACCGUUUAAGAUGCUCAAAAUCAACGCUUCGGAAGACCGAAAACAUCAAUGACUUCUACUAACCAACAAUCAGUACGGGAAAACUGUGAUCUCGAAAUUUUACAAGGCCUUCAAGUCGCGAAGCUAGCACCAAGGGAUCAAGUGUCCGUCGCAUUUUAGGACAUUGUAAAUAGAGAGCCUAUAUGUAAACAAUGAAAUAUGUUACCAUUGAUGAUGAUUUAGAUUGAAGAGAACCAUUUCGUGAAUGGUACUUGGGGAAAUGUAAACAGGAGGAAAAAUCUUUAAAACAAUCAAGCUACACUUCAGUUAAACGGAACAAAUGCGCUUAUGAACUACUGUAAGAUCGUUUGUUACGCAAGAACAUUGUGCAACCUAUCAGGAAUUAUGAAUUUGUUUGGCAUUUCAAACAACGGAUUAGUUGGGUCGUUUUAGCAACAGUCAUUGAAUUUACUGCAAGAAUCUGCUUUAGCACGCAUUAGAGCUUUGAUAAAGACGCCGAAUGGCAUUUCGGUCAAGACGAAGCACCUGCAAAGUAUUAUCGUAGUGUGAGAAUGUGUCUUAAUGAAGAUCGUUAAAAUGGAUGGAUUAUACAAAGGCUCGUUUUCCAGAUGUGACGCCCAUGUAAUGUCCAAGCGGGUACCUUGAAGAUAAAGUAUACGCCAGGAAGCCAACAACGGAGGGAAAUUUUAGAGCCGCAUUUUAUCUAUGAAUUGAUAGCUCACCCGUUACGAGCAGUGUAUUGACUAGAACGGUAACCAAUUUGAGUAUCUGCGGUAGGAGGAAAGUUGUACUUCUUCUGUAGACUCUUUUACAACUUAAAUAUUAAUACAAUGUAAAUAAAGACUGAAGUUGAAAUUAUUCAA